CUCGUUUCGCGCCUGAGCUGUGUGAUUAUUGUUGUCGCGUGCGACCAGGACUCGCGUGCGUUCCGAGCGCAUGGACACGGGACUCGGCGCGCGCGGGGUUUAAUUAUAGGAGUGAUGAUGGGAAGCGUCUGCUCCGAGAUCUUUCCUCGUGGACCUUCUCAGCACACACGGAGACGGUGAUGGAGAGGAGGAUGAAGCGCGCGGCUCCGGUGAGGCUGUGAUCUGUCUCGGUUGUUGACGCGCGCGCCACCUCGCCGGCAUGACGCGCUUCCGGCCGCGGGUCCGAGUUGCGGUGCUUUUCCUGGGGUUUCUGCAUGGCGUGACAGCCUCCAGAUGUGUGGGCCACGCCUGCAGCCCUGCUGUGGGCAACUUGGCCAGUGGUAGGACUCUUCACACACAGUCAUCCUGCUGCUCCAACAGCUCCCUGAUGGCGGACGACCCUUUUCUCCACCCAGACACGUGGUGGGAGUCGGGCGCCGCAGCGAUCGGAGAGGACGAGAUCCGCCUGGACUUGGAGGACCGGUUCUGCCUGACCCAUGUGGUGAUGGUGUUCCGCUCGCCACGUCCCGCUGCCAUGACUCUGGAGCGCUCGCGGGACUUCGGCCGCACCUGGGAGACGCUGAAGGUGUUCGCUGAAAACUGCAGCUCUGCCUUCGGGCUCCCUGAUGAUGUGAGCCAGCAGGAGGCACUUUGCACGUCUAGAUACUCCAGGUCGAUACCGUGUACUGGAGGAGAGGUGAUUUUCCGAUCCAUAGCUCAGGGCAGACGGAUGGACGACCCGUACAGUCCCGAAGCCUUGUCCAUACUGACCCUCACUAACCUGCGCAUACGCCUCCUCAAACCCCAUCGCUGCCCUGCUUCCCCUUUAUUCUCCUCUAGAGGACAGCGCAAUACUUCACCACACGCACCCAACCCACGAUUCCUACCCAGAGCUUCCAGACGCUCACCACUUAACUCCACACACACUGAUUCCUCUCCUUACGCCAUCUUCUCGCUCCUUGCACGAGGGACAUGCCUGUGUCAUGGACAUGCAGAGCAGUGUCUUCCUCAGGCGGGACAGGGACGCCUGCACAGCAGCGGUGUGGUACACGGCAGGUGUGUUUGCACUCACCACACAGCAGGACUUCACUGUGAGAAAUGCGCUCCGCUCUACAACGAUCGGCCCUGGAGAGCAGGCAACGGCAGCAGCGGAGAACCGAACCCAUGUCAGAAGUGUGAAUGUCAUGGCCAUGCACAAAGCUGUCACUUCUCACAGCGGGUCUGGAGCUCCACAGGUGGCACCAGCGGAGGCGUCUGCGAUCACUGCCAGCACAACACGGCGGGCCGGAGGUGCCAACGCUGCCGCCCGGGAUACCGACGCAGCCCGGGUCGACCCCUCGCCUCGCCUCAAGCCUGUACACGCUGUUGGUGCGAUCCAGUCGGUUCAGUGCCGGUGAGGGCCGACGGCGAGGCGGCCUGGUGCCACCCCAGGAGCGGGAAGUGCCGCUGUAAGCCUGGCGUGGGUGGGACGAGCUGUAGUCACUGCCUGCCUGGACACUGGGGCUUUGGAUUAGAGGGAUGCAGACCCUGCGAAUGCCCUCUGACCUGUGACCCUGUUACAGGUCACUGCUUACAAAGCAAAACCAACAGAGAACUCUACCACGUUCCCCUCGGAGGCAAAAUACCUGACCUGACUCACUUCCACCCACACGAGGAGAACACGUCAUGGUCCAACAAGCUCACCGUCUCUGCCUCGUAUUACACAGGGAAAUGUUCCUGCAAGGAAAGGAAGGUGAAGAGUGUAUCUGAUUUGUGCAGGACAAAACACUCCUAUGUGAUCAAGGCGAGGGUUCUGUCCGCUCACGAUAAAGGCACGCAUGCGGUGGUGCAGGUAAAGGUCAGGAAGGUUCUGCGUCCGGGCAUGAGGCUGCUUUCUUUGGGCACACACAGCCUUUACCCGCUGUCCUGGACCAGCCGAGGUUGCACCUGCCCCGUUCUCAACCCAGGAUCUGAGUACCUGCUGGCGGGCUCAGAGGAAGCAGAAUCGGGACGUUUGCUGGUCACCAUGCAGAGUCUCGUGGUGCCGUGGACACACACGCUCGGCUUUCUCGUCUCCGAGGCUCUGCGGCAGGGCUGCUUAUGAUUAAAAAAGAUCUGGAAAGGCACACAGCUCCUUGUUUAAACCACCGGAUGAGAAAACUUUCAUAUUUAAUGAGACCAGAGGACAUGGAGUCAUGGUACACCUUGAUACACAGAUCAAAGCAGGUGCUUUUAUUGCGUACAAUAAUUAUUAUAUUAGCUCACAGACCAGUUAUAGGAACCCUGUAUAAGAUAACUAGUACUGUGGUCCUGGCGCAGUUAAACAAUUGUCCAUUAUGUCAUUAUAAUAUUAGAAUUUUUUUUUAUCAGUUAUUUGUUUUUUCUUGUAAUUGUUAAAUAGUCUAUUUUUGUAAACUUUUAAUAAAAAAGGAUGAAACUCA